GGGGAUCCCGGCGCGGCCGCCGCCUCCCGCGCACACACGGCCAUGGCGGAGGCCUCCUCGCUGGAGAGGCAGAGCCCUGGCGUGGCCUCCUGCCUCACUCACAGCCUGUGCCCUGGGGAGCCCAGCUUGCAGACAGCAGCAGUGGUGUCCAUGGGCUCUGCAGACCAUCAGUUCAACCUCGUAGAGAUCCUGUCCCAGAACUACGGCAUCCGGGAGGAGUGUGAGCAGGCCACGGGAGACACGGAGAAGCCCGAGGGGGAGCUGGAGAAGGACUUCAUCUCCCAGAGCAGCGACAUGCCCCUCGACGAGCUGCUCGCCCUCUACGGCUAUGAGGCCUCAGACCCCAUCUCGGAGCAGGGCAGCGAGAGCAGCGACACCACGGCCAACCUCCCGGACAUGACGCUGGACAAGGAACAAAUAGCGAAGGAUUUGCUCUCAGGGGAAGAAGAGGAAGAGACACAGUCGUCGGCCGAUGACCUUACCCCGUCCGUGACCUCCCACGAGGCCUCUGACCUGUUUCCUAACCGGAGUGCAUCUUGCUUCCUGGCCGACGCAGGCAAAGAGCCUGGCUCCUCCGCUUCAUCCGACACGGAGGAGGACCCCCUUCCUGCCAACAAGUGUAAGAAGGAGAUCAUGGUGGGGCCUCAGUUCCAAGCCGACCUCAGCGGCCUGCAGUUGGAGCGCCACGGUGAGAAACUCUACGAGAACGAGGACCAGCUGCUCUGGGACCCCAACGUCCUCCCUGAGAGGGAAGUAGAGGAGUUCCUGUACCGGGCGGUGAAGCGGAGGUGGCACGAGAUGGCUGGGUCGCAGCUUCCGGAGGGAGAGGUGGUGAAAGACAGCGAGCAGGCGCUUUACGAGCUGGUGAAGUGCAACUUCAACGCGGAGGAAGCCCUGCGGAGGCUGCGAUUCAACGUGAAGGUGAUCCGAGAUGGGUUUUGCGCGUGGAGCGAGGAGGAGUGCAGGAACUUUGAGCACGGCUUCCGAGUGCACGGGAAGAACUUCCAUCUGAUCCAGGCCAACAAGGUGCGCACGCGGUCUGUGGGCGAGUGCGUGGAGUACUACUACCUGUGGAAGAAGUCUGAGCGCUACGACUACUUCUCGCAGCAGACGCGGCUGGGCCGGAGGAAAUACGGCCCGUCUGGAGCCACGGACGCAGACCAGGACCUGGACGGCAGCGACCCCGAUGGCGCAGGCCGCCCCCGCUCCUCGCCGCCUCUGCCCCCUGCUGCCGACGGCCUGGCCUCUGAGCAGGACCCGCUGGCGCGGAUGCACACGGAGCCGCUGAGCGUAGACAGCGCGGCCGGCAGUGUCGGUGAGCCCGGGGAGAGCUCCGACAGCCUCCCGUCCUCGGAGCCGGGGCCUUGUCCCUUCCAGCAGCUGGACAGCCCUCCAGCCGCGUCCCUGCCCAGGCGGCCCCCAGCCCUGGCCGAGCCCGCCUUCUACCCCCCGGCCACGGCCACCCCGGAGCCCAGCAGCAGCCCGAGACUGGCUGUGGACUUGGCCCUGCCGGGGGCCCUCCCCGAGGAGCUGCCCCUCAUCUCCAGCCACGCGGACAUGAACGGAGAGCCCGAGGAGGCUGUGGCCCCGGCACAGGUGGCCCUGUCGGUCACCGAGUUUGGACUCAUCGGCAUUGGGGACGUGAAUCCCUUCCUGGCCGCCCACCCAGCGUGCCCGGCCCCCGGGCUGCACUCGGAGCCCCUGUCACAGUAAAUCAUUCAUAUGGUUCAAAAUCCAAAAAGGUACAAACGGGGCCAGUGCCAGGCUCCUCCCACCCCUGCCCCAGCCACCAGCCCUCCCCAGGCGCCAAGGACAGUGCUGCCUGGGGGAGCCUGUCAGCCAGCACGAGUGACGUCACGGUCUGCUGGGGGAGGCGAGGUCGGGAGCCACGGCGUCGGCACCAGGCCGUGCGGUGUGUGGGGCCGCACUGACCCUCUCUCGGUCUCUCCUCCUGCAGCUGUAACGUGAUGACCUGUUGAUCCCUGGCCACGGGCGGGCGUGCGUGGCCCGGACUGGACGUGGGGCCGCUGCGGGCCCGCCUCUGCCAGUCUUCCUGACCCCCCCCCCUCCGCCUGGGCCUCGGGUCACGCCUCCUCUGCUUCAGAACACGUCACGGACGGGGUGAGCGGUGGCCGGGCCGCUGCCCUGCCCUCCUCACACACAGACUGGCGCCCUCAGUGCCCGCCCCACCGCCCGCGCGGCCCAGGCUGCUGCCUCACCCGCACGACCCGUCGGGCAGCCGGAUGCGGAGGGCCCAGCCCCGUCCAGCCAGCAGAGGCGAGGAAGGUGUCCCCGCCCCGCCGGGGAGGUGGGCCGAUGGGGCAGGAUGCCGCCCCCACCAGCAGCCUCGGUCCGGGGCGCCCUCAGCACUCCGCCCGGGGGUGGGGGCAGCUGCUACUCGGUGCCAAACCCCGUGGGGCACAGAGCCAUAUACCUCGACGUCGGCCCCGCCCGCCCUCGACCUCCACCCUGCUCUCCACUUCAGGAAACGCCGCACUUUACGCCCCUCUUGCCUCCUCCUCUCUCCGGCCCGGAGCAGCCUCGGGUGUGGGGUCGAGGAGACGGGUGACCUGCACCCCCUUGGGUACCGAGGCGCUCUUGCCUGCAGCACCGAGGGGCCGGCCCCAGUCCGUUCCCCUGACCCCGUGGGUCAUACUUCUGUUGAAGCGCCCCAGCAAGGUGGUUUGGGGGCCCGGUCCUUCUCUUUCCAGCUUCCCUAGUUUUAUUUAUGUUUCUGUUUACAAAUUGGAGUGGGGUCCUCCGAGGGGCCAGGGCAGCGCUCCCCAACCCCCGGGUGUCACCAGGAGAGGGUUUUGGCUCGAGCCCGCCUACAGCGUCGGCCUCGACCUUCCCUCACCCCACCAAGGACCACACUGUGAAGUGCUAACUGCCUUGAAUCCCUUGCUGUUUUAUUUAUUAAACUUGAUUUGAAACCCA